GUUAAGAUUUACGCUAACUUCCGUUUAGCUCGUGUCUUGCGCUAGCAUUCACGGAAGCUGCCUUUUCAACGGCCGUGGCUAAACAAAGCGCUGUUGCUUUAAGAACGAUGUAGGAAGAGAGCUGGCUGGAAAAGCCAGAUGCAACUCGUCAGAAUAAACCAGCUUUGCCAAGAGACCCAGGAGCUGUACCUUGUAGGUACGAGGCGCGAGAGCUGUGCCUGAGUUACAGCUUAGAGAGUGGUCACUGCUGCAGCAAUGGUGCUGGCCCUUCUACUCCGAGCAGGGCUCCAGCUUCUUGUACUGCCCAUUUACGUCCUCGCCUACUUUGGCUUCUGGGACCCUCUUUGCAAAACCGUCUUCCCUUACUUCAUGAGCAAGAUUGCCCCGCGCUUCAACCAAAAACUUUACCGGGAGAAACAGCAGCUCUUCAGCGGGCUGCCAGACUUCGCCGGCUCCUCGGGCCAACUGUCACUGCUAGAAAUUGGCGCAGGCAGCGGGGCCAACUUCCAGUUCUAUCCGCCAGGCUGCCGGGUAACCUGCACGGACCCCAACCCCAACUUCAAGCGGUAUCUCUUGAAGAGCGUCGCUGAGAACCAGCACCUCCGUUUUGAGGGCUUCGUCGUAGCCUCUGGCGAAGACCUGCGACCUGUGCCGGACGGCUCUGUGGACGUGGUAGUUGGCACCCUGGUUCUGUGCUCUGUGGCCAGCGUCACCGCCAUCCUAAGGGAGGUCCUGAGAGUGCUCAGACCGGGUGGAGCUUUCUACUUCAUGGAGCAUGUGGCAGCUGACCGAUCUAGCUGGAGCUACUUCUGGCAGCAAAUCUGUGACCCUACCUGGAAAUAUUUGGGAGAUGGGUGUUCCCUGAUAAGAGAGACUUGGAAGGACCUGGAGAAUACAGAGUUCUCUGAACUGAAUCUGCAACACAUCACUGCUCCAAUGAACUGUGGCCUAGUUCGUCCACAUAUUCUUGGAUAUGCUGUAAAAUGAUUGCUCAGCUUUUGUCCAUUCCUUGAAAGCAUCUUCCUUUUCAAUCAGUGAUUUUUAAAAUCAGAGUAACAGCUGGCCCCUGCUGCCUGGGAAAAUCAAGGUGUUGAGUUCAAGGGAAAUCAUGCAAAGAGUAAAACUGAGAGGGCAUCCAAAAUAUGUCAUAAUAAGGGGGAAUCUUUUUUGCAUUUUGGGUGGAUUCACUGCAGAGAUGGCUUGUGAUGUCUGUGCUGCCUGUCCAAAGUAGAGCAAAGUUAACACCUGUACAUAAAGAGUACUAAAACUCCAGAGGCCACAAUAAAGCUAGACAUUUUUCUGAUUUAGGUUUUGGACUGGGAAUAAUUAAAAUCUGAAAUCAUGAGAAAAGAUGAGCCUACAGAUCUUUCUAGAAAGCCCAUUACACCAGCAAUGCUUAUGGACGCACAGGUAGAGUCCAUAACUCAGAAUGCCUUUCUCCAACGUGAGAUGCUUCUACAGUUAUUGAUAGUUUAGGUUGCCGACUUCAACACAUUUACUAGGGAAUUGACCCUAUAUAACUCAAUAGAAUUAAUUCCUGAAUCCGUGUGCUUAGGACUGCACUGCAAGUAGUGUCCAGGCACAAUUAGUGUAAUGAAUUGUAUACUGAUCUGUCUAUGAAAAAUUAUAGGAAAUUUCAACUGGUUCAGAAUAUGGUGUGGCCAAGUUGUUAACCAGGAACUGUCAUAAUGAAUAUAUUUCACCAGUAUUUGAAAGGCUGCAUUGGCUCCCGGUUUGGUUUUAGAUCCAAUUCAGAGUGCUGAUUUUAACCUACAAAAGCUUUAAAUGGCCUGCAACCACAGAAUCUUAAAAGAUAAGUCUUCUCAUAUUGCCCAAAAGGUGAGACCCUCAUUGAAGGCCUUUUUUCAACGCCCCCUAGUGGCUACCAGAGAUAGGGCCUUUUCUGUGAUUUUGCUUCAGUUAUCUGAAUUCUGAUUGUGUUGAUUGGUUUUUGAUUGUGGGGACCAUUCUCCUUCUUUUUCUUCUGUUGGUUCCUAUGUUGUUCUUUGGCUGUGUGUUUUAGCUUUUUAUCUUGCUUACUUUUCCUGGUCACUACUAUUGCUAUUUUUAAUAAAAAGUUAACCUGUUUGAUA